UUCAGGCCCCUCUCUUUUACUUGACUCUUUUAAAAGGACUUACCUUCCUACUGAUUAGUCCCUUUGAGCCCUUUUUACUCCCCUCCCACCUCAUCUCAUAUCUCGUCCUUCUUUGCUGGACUACAACCAUACUGUUCAUUGCUUCCCCUGUCUCUUUCUCUCUCUCUAGUUCUCUUUCUCCAUGAAUCCAGUUUAUCUGAUUAAUCCACCACCCUCUCCAUUUCCUCUUAUAGAACCCAAUGAGGAUCAACACCUUCAACUCUUUAGUCCAUCAUCUGAAGCUUCUUCUUCUUGUCUCUCAAAUUCUAUUUUCUUCAACCCUGCUUAUGAGCAAGGAGGAAGUUAUGAUACAGAAGAACACCAACAACAAGAAGAGGUCAAGAAGUAUGCUUUACAAGAUGGAUCAAGUGAUGAUCAUCAUGGGUUCCUCCAAUCUCCUUCACUUCCCACUGUGGAGAAUGGGCUUAACAACAGCCUAGAAGUAUCAGUUUCUGAAAGAGAUGAUGGAGAUCAUGGCAAUCAAGGUAAUAGUGGUGGACCAGUUAAGUGGAUGUCUUCAAAGAUGAGAUUGAUGAGGAAGAUGAUGAAGUUUCAAGAUCGUCAUCAUCAGCAGCAGCCACCUUCACCCCUUUUAGAUACAGACAACAGCAGCAACAAUUCCUCUAACAACAACAACAACACAGUUAGGGUUUGCAGUGACUGUAACACUACUAAGACUCCUCUUUGGAGGAGUGGCCCAAGAGGUCCCAAGUCACUUUGCAACGCCUGCGGAAUUCGACAGAGGAAGGCAAGACGUGCCAUGGCGGCGGCGGCGGCGGCGGCGGCGGCAAGUGGCGCAGUUCUAGUGAAUAGGCCAAAGGUGCAACACAAGGAGAAGAGAUCAGAUAAAGGGUACGUUCAGAAAUACAAGAAACGGUGCAAACUCACCGACCCUUGUAGCAGAAAGAAGAAGCUUUGUUUUGAAGAAUUCACUAUCAAUUUGAGUAAAAAUUUGGAUUUCCACCAAGUGUUCCCACAAGAUGAGAAGGAAGCUGCAAUCCUGCUAAUGGCUCUAUCUUGUGGUCUUGUUCAUAGUUGAAUGCUUGAAUCCCUUCAUAUUUCUUAGGUUUUAGGAGCUUAUCUUGCUUUUUCCCUAUUAGGUAUGAUAGGAAAAUUGUGUGUAGUGUCACUGUGGUGGAGAGAGAUUAAUGGUUAAGAACAUUAAGAUCAGGAGAGGUACCCAAGGUCCCAAACCAAUAAAAACAGGAUUUUUUUUCUUCUUCCUUUGUUUGAGUGAUCUCUUGAGUUUGUGGUGCAGGAUUUUUCUUCUUCUUCUUCCUUUGUUUGAGUGAUCUCUUGAGGUUGUGGUUGAUUUGAGUUGUCUCCUGUUCAUGAAUAGUCAAUUUCAAAUACAGAAUGUAAUAAAAUAUAUAGGUUUGUCAGCCA